CCCGCCCAGCCCACGGCCAUUUUUAAGUGACCCUCCGUUUAAUCCUUCGCAUUUCAUACUCCGUAACAAAAGAACAGAUAGUUAACCCCCAAAUUUCAGUCGAUUUUCUCUCCCUCUUCAAUUCGGUGCUUCGAGGCUUCAUCUAAGCUCCCGUAAAAGCACGGCUUUUGAAUUUAGUCUUUAUGAACUCAGAGAAUGGAGAGAUUGGUGACAAUGAAGAGCCAGUGCCUCUUCCAACUUGGAGAAGCAACCUAAAUAAGAGAUUUCUGCAUUACUUGGAUAGAUCGGUGCCUCAUCUGCUGCGGAGAUGGCUUGUGACUAUAGGGGUGGCGAUGAUUUAUGUUUUGAGGGUGUAUUGGGUCAAGGGAUUUCAUGUUGUGUCCUAUGGUUUGGCCACAUAUGUGCUGAAUUUGUUGAUUGGUUUUUUUUCACCAAAUGUUGAUCCAGAGCUUGAAGGACGAGAUGGAGCUCCCUCUCCAGUCUCUCCUGGCAGAGAUGGUGAUGAAUAUAAGCCGUUUGAGAGACGCGUGCCAGAGUUCCGGUUUUGGUACGCCAUCACCAAGGCUUUUAUCGUUGCAUUUAUAUUGACUUUCAUAUCAGUGUUGGAUGUACCGGUUUUCUGGCCAAUAUUGUCAAGCUAUUGGGUCUUUCUCUUUGUGCUCACGAUGAUACGUCAAAUUGUACAUAUGUUCAAAUACAAGUAUAACCCAUUCAGAACUGCAAAACCGAAGUAUGAGGGGAAUAGGUCAUCUACUAGUGGCAGUGGCACAGCUAGAGAUGAAUAAGUACAUCGGAGUUACCAGUUACCAGAAAUUAAAGAAAGCAGACACUUGUACUAGUAAAUGUUCAUGAUCAUGUUUACUCCUGACAUCUUAAAGAGUGAAUUGUAGACUUGGUAGUUAUAAAUUUGCAGUAAAAAUAGGUUUUACUAAUUUUAAAGACGAGCUUGUACAUAUGAAAUCAUUUCAUCGCCUUUUAUAAACCUCUCUAUUGAUAAUCCUUUUCUUCUGUCUA